ACGUUGAGGUAAGAAAAUUUACACGCAGUUUAAUCGGAUGCUGUAGCGAAAGGCGCGUGCUGCUUAAUCAAGUCACAGCUGAAAAAGGCCCGUGCUGCUGGAAGAGCUCCAUCAUUCCCAUUUGUUCUUCUCCAGACUUCCGAAGUGCGCAGUUUAACAAACCGCUGCUCAUCAUGGCUGUCGACGGAUGUGGACUCGUGUGCAAAUAUAUUCUCAUCCUUUUCAACAUCAUCUUUGCUGUGGUUGGGUUGGCGUUUUUGGGCCUCGGCUUGUGGCUCAGAUUCGGCGAGAACACCAGAAGGAUCUUUGAUAUCGACGCGCUCAACUCCAGCGCUUUCGUCAUAGGUGUGACCAUACUGAUCAUUCUUGGUUCGAUCAUGCUGAUUGUGGUGGUGUUCGGAGACUACGGCGCCUGCAAUGAGAAAAAAUGUGCCCUGGAAGUGUUCUCCAUCCUGCUCUUCUUUCUGGCCGUGGCUGAGUUUGUCAUCGGAGGACUUGCUUAUUCCAACAGGAACACGGUUGGACUGAGACUAGGAGAGUUUUAUACCACUUUAUACAGCCUCUAUGUGAGCAGCCAAGAUCCAGCAAUUGGCGUCACACUCGCAUUCAUCCACAACUCGCUGCACUGCUGUGGAAUGACUGGAGUCGGCCUGGUGGAGCUAGUGAAGCAGACCUGUCCUAAACCAAACGGUAUUAUGGAGCACCUCGUCAUGCCUAACUGUCCCUCUACCAUCGUCACCGUCUUUGACAGCCGGGCCUCGCUGGUGAUGGGCAUCUUCGUUGGAACUGGAGCUCUUCUGAUCGUAGCUCUGAUUUGCAGCGGAGUGCUCAGUUCACAGAUUCACCGGGCCUCCUCAUCUCCUCAGUACAUUAUCCUGAACUCCAGCAUCCCCUCCCCGGCUGCCCCUCAGUCGUACCCCCAGCAUGUCACCGCCUCCAACAACUCCUUCCCCAACCAGGACCCCGUCGUCUUCACGCCCCUCUCUGUGGUCAACGUCCCUGUGGCUCAGGCUUAGGAAGCUUCUCGACAGAGUCUGAUCUCGCUUUUGUGGAUUUGUGUUGUUCCACAGCGUCUUGACGUGACAAACCCUUUGCUUCACUCGGCAUGGUCACGCUUGAGCUUCAUACUGUUUAGAAGGAAAAAAAUCCCCUCCUCAGAUAUCUAAACCGUACUUUUGGGAAGAUCAUUCUCCAAGAAAUUGGGACACGCAGCCGAUGGGUUUCUGUUGGUCAGAAGUUUACAUACACCCAGCAUGGACAUGAAUUUCACGAUAAUUUAAGACUUUAAAACAAACAGUGACACUUUAUUUGACACUGUGUGCAUAAGACUGACAUGACACUGUCAUAAAUAUAUGACAGUGUCAUGAACAUGAAGGAGUCUUUAUGAAUGUCUCUGACUGUUGUCAUGAAGUCUCAUUCAGUAAAUAAUGACACUUAAUGUAAAGUUGCAUUAAAAGUCCAUUAAAAGUGCCAACUUUGUAUUAUUUUGUAAACAAUGACACUAAUGCAAAGUUGGCACUUUUAAUGGACUUGCAAAGCAACAUUUAGAGCAACUUUGCAUUAUUUACCGAAUGACACUUCAUGACAGACAUAGACAUUCAUAAAGACUAAUUCAUGUUCAUGACAGGCGUUAUGUCAUAUUUAUGACAGUGGCAUGUCAGUCUCAUGCACAUCCUGUCAAAUAAAGUGUUGCCGAACUAGCUAAUGUGUUAUUUUUCAGGAACGGCUUCAACGUAGAACUUCUGUAUUGUUUCAAAACAAUAACUGAUAAUUACAACUUGUCCAUUCAGAGAUAUUUCAGAAUCAAAAUUACUUGGCGUCAACUUGAGCUUUGUGGGUUAUCCAUUAGUGGGCAAAAGAAGGUCGACAUUAAGACACUGCUGAACGUUUGUGGAGUAAAAAAAAACAAAAACAAAUUUGCGCCAGGAGAGCUGAGCCAUUUCUGAUGAGAAACGUUGUCAAAGUAUUCCGAUGGAUUGCCUCACUGCAACAUUCAUGGCCGUGACAAUUGACCGGAUGUAAACUUCUGACCAGAACCGGGUUGGUCAAUCACCAAGUAGAAACGAAUGAUUUCUGCUCCACUAAUUGGAGCAACACUCACCAUUAAUUCUCCAACUAAAUCUUGUUCUUUAAUCUAACAGAUGUUGAUGUAACAGGGUUGGAUUUUUGUCCUUCAAAUGUUUUAUUAGACAAACUCAUUUUCUGAUUUCACAAAUGCUUUUUGUGUGUGUGUGUGGGGGGGGGGGGUUUAGUGUGUAAAUCUUCCAGGUGGUUGGUUGAAAUUUGUGAAAGCGUGGUGGGGGUGGGAGCAGGACAUUCUGGCCUUUUUAAGCACAAAUGUAGGAGCCCGGCACUAAAAUCCAUCCUGAACGAUCGGAUCUCCGUUAGCCGCUUUGAAUGUACGCCGACCUCGGUCACCCGUUACCCCAUUCGGCGUUUAGGUUGGAUGUCAGUGCCAGGUGUGAGAGGGGGGACGGUUUCUCUCCCCUUCGCUGUUCUUUACUUCCCUCCUUCUUUGUCUGCAUGACAGAUUACUGCCCUGGUCUGCGCCAUUGUCCUCCUGAAACAGGUCAAGAAAGUGCAGCAGGACAUCACGGCUUACUAUUCGUCUGUGUACUAAAGGUUCGUCUUCAGUGACCAUCGCUGGACAGUCAGCCAGCAGAUCAGUGUUUACAGCCUUUUCCAAUGUGUGUGUGUGUAUAUAUAUGUACGUGUGUGAACUACUGACUGCAGUGCCAGUUGGGAGGCUGCUGAAAAUGUUGUCGCAUACCAACUAGAUGAACCAACUCCAAAAAAAGAAAAGGUACACCAGACCAGCUGAGCGAAAAUGAAUCCGGCGAUGCCAAACACAACUCGAUGAUUUAUCUGCAAACGUUGGUAGCCGAACCACACUGAGCCUUUUUUUAACAAACCGCAUGCAGCCUCAAUACGCGUUAGCUCUUUUCUUCUCUGCUCUGUGAUUACGAUGUUUUCUGCGUUUUAGUGAGAUUUGCUUUAGCUCCUUUGUUGUUGCAACACUGGUGAACAUCACUGUCGGAAAUGUAAAAAGGAGAAAAAAGGGAUGAUUAACUUUUAGAAGCUUUGAUUGUAUUUAGGUCCGAUUACACAUUUGAAAACUUUAAUCUUACUGUUUGUUUCUUUUCGUGUCCAAUCAUGUGUCCCUCAUGGGGAAUGCUCGAAAUUUAUUUGAUUUGUUCACUUUUUUAACAUUUUUAUAUAUAUUUACAGAUUUUAAGGUAAAGAAAAACUUUUUUUGUUGUUUCUACUUUUCAUUUUGUUCUUAUUGAUAUUUUAAGAGCCACAGCAAUAGCCAAGAAGUUGAGUACCAAAUAAUAAUAAAAAAAAACUUUGCAACAUUUAAAUGGUGUCUUUAAAGCUGUAACUUAAAACUGUUGCCUUUGUAUAAAUUACUAUAUUGGGGGGAAAAAGAGAGACAAAAUUUAAGUGAUAUGUUUAAAAGCAGAAUGCCUUAUUUUUCUUCACACUUUAUCAUGUAAUUCUGACUACUGCAUUGUAUUAUGUUAGAGCUAAAUAUUCUCUUAAGAGUUGUGGCUUUGCAUGUUUCCAUAAAAGUAACAGAAAAAAUU